AUGGCGGACCAAGAUGCCGCGAAGCGUGCCGCAGGGCUGACGAAGCUCUUUAACGCUACCAUCCAUGGCCAUCGCGAGAUCAAGACGGCGGGUGACAGUAAUCGGUUUCUGGAGGCGUUGUGUUCUCAGGAAGACGCGUCGAAGUGUGUUGAGUGUCUGAUCGCGUCUUCGGCAGGGCUAGCGGCCGUCGGCGUUGCCUUCCGCACCACCGGGGAUAGCGCGUUCCUUAACGGCUGGGCAACCGCCGUCAUCAAUCAUCUGGCCCAGCCAUCUGUCAAGCAACUCUACGGCGGCCAGUUUCUACAGCGCGUCUUGGAACAGAUCGUCCAACCUCCUACGUUCUGGAACACCUUCGUGAACGCGCAUGAUGGUCACGUGCUUUCCAGCGAUGGCACUCGCGCGUUCGCAUGGCUGCUGCUCGAGCUACUGUACAGUCGCUCUGAGGACAUUCCAGAUGUGCGAGACGUCGCAGAGCGCGUCACGAAGAACGAGUCCUUCAUCAGUUCAGAUUCGCUAGAUAUCCGCAACAUUGGGCAUAAGAUCAAGCAUGUCCUUGACAGCACAUCCGACCAGACUGUCGAUGGCCCAGGUGGGCGACACGACAACGACUUCGCGCAAAUCCACAAGAUUAAGCUCUUACCGACGCCAGACGAGUUCGCAUCUUCCGAGCAUCCGUUUUACAGACGCGCUGACUCCAUCGUAUCUGUCAGCCCAGAGAGCCGCGGUCUUACACAUGUUGACAACCAAUUUCGCUUGCUCCGCGAGGAUCUUCUCGGCGAGCUACGUAACGACUUUCAUAUUGCUAGUGGUCAGAAGAAAGGACGACGCAAAGUGGUUCUCGAGCAUCUGAAGUAUGCCGGUAUCGACUGUGGAACGGAGACGAAACGCAAACCUUGCUCGCUGCAGCUGUUUUGUCCGGACGAUGUUCCUCAGCUGCGCAGCGUCAAGGCCGCGAACCGCAAGAAGUUCCUCACCGACAACAAGAACGUCCUGAAGCAUCAGUCACUUGGCUGUCUCAUUAGCAACGGCAAUAUUGUUGCAUUUGCAACUGUGGACCGUGACGAAGAUCUCCUUGCGAAGCAACCUGCUGUUGUCGUGCUGCGAGUGGCCGACGCCAGCUCGUUUGGCAAAGUGCUGAUGGCAUGCAAGCUCCAAUCGGAUCUUUGCUUUGUGCAAGUAGAUACUGCUGUAUUUGCGUAUGAGCCUGUCCUGAAAUGUCUUCAGACCCUGACUGAACUGCCACUGGAAGACCAACUUCUCAGUCUUACGCCAGACUCCGCGGAAACCCCGUCCGGCAUCCAACCGACAAAGACUGUCAACGCCAUUCGCGACCACUGGGAAGAGGACCUCCAAGACAUCAUCGGAAGCACUCAUCCAAUCAAGCUCGACCAGGCCCAAGCAGAGUCACUGCUGACUGGGCUAAUGAAGAGAGUCAGUCUGAUCCAAGGCCCGCCAGGUACUGGCAAAAGUUUCAUCGGAGCACUCAUCGCAAAGAUAUUGCACGAUCGUACCAAUGAGACGAUGCUCAUUCUCACUUACACAAAUCAUGCUCUCGAUCAAUUCCUGGAAGACAUCCAGAAGGCCGGCAUUCCUGCUAGUUCGAUCGUGCGGCUGGGGUCAAAGUCGAAUGCCAGCACUCGCGCACUGACCAUCAGAGAACAACCAAACAACUACAAGAUGACGGGACAAACGUGGACCAUGAUUCAAGAGCAAAAGUCAGAAGCGGAAUCUUACCAUGACGCACUAGUCAGGAGGAUGACAUCCUUUGUAUCUAUGCGGCUCAAUGAGCAGAUGCUCCUCGACUACCUAGAGUUCUCUGAUGAUUCAGAAUACUUCGAUGCGUUCGUUGUGCCCGACAGUAAAGACGGUAUGACAGUCAUGGGGAAAAAGAAUAAACGCAUCGACAAGUACUACCUAGUCAGGAGAUGGGUCAAAGGAGAAGACGCUGGCAUCUUCCUCGGUCAUGCGAUGCAAACAUAUCCACACGUUUGGAACGUUCCGCCACAGAUCCGUCAUGGACUUCAGGCGCAGUGGAACAAGACGAUCCUCGAAGAGCGUGUCACCGAAAUAAGUACGCUUGCCAACAAGUACAACAAGUGUCGUGCCCAGAUCGAUCGAUUAUUCCGCGAGAAGAACUUCCACGUCCUCAGUCAGAGACGCAUCAUAGGGUGUACUACAACCGCAGCUGCUAUGUACACCGACGAGAUUCGCAAGGCCUCACCAGGCAUUGUUCUGGUGGAAGAAGCUGGAGAGAUCCUGGAGAGUCAUGUGCUUACAGCUCUAACUCCAACCACGAAGCAGCUCAUUCUGAUCGGCGACCACAAACAGCUGCGGCCAAAAGUCAACAACUAUGCCUUGACUGUAGAGAAAGGAGAUGGUUACGAUCUCAAUGUCUCCUUGUUCGAACGUCUCGUGCUCAGCGGAGUUCCACAUACCACCCUCAGCAAGCAGCAUCGUAUGCGUCCUGAGAUCUCGUCCCUCGUCCGAUCGCUCACUUACCCGGAAUUGGAAGACGCUGAGAAGACUCAGGGUCGACCGAACUUACGUGGUCUUCAAAGCAAUGUUAUAUUCGUGUCACAUUCGCGCCCUGAGCUCAAUGCGGUUAAGAUCGCCGAUAGCCGCGAUGGUGGCGCCAAGUCCAGCAAGGAAAACUUGUACGAGGCUGAGAUGGUGCUGAAAUGCGUGCGAUACCUUGGUCAGCAGGGCUACGGCACGGAAGACAUUGUGGUACUGACACCUUACCUGGGUCAACUAUACCUGUUGAUGAACACUUUGUCUGAGAACAAUGAUCCCAUUUUAAACGAUCUAGAUUCCCACGAGCUCAUCAAAGCGGGUCUGAUGACACCGGCUAGCGCGAACAUCUCCAAACGCAAGCUUCGAAUUUCAACUAUCGACAAUUAUCAAGGUGAAGAGAGCGAUAUCGUAAUCGCAUGUCUCACACGCAGUAACGAUGCUGGGGAUAUCGGUUUCAUGUCGUCUCCUCAGCGAGUCAACGUGUUGCUAUCACGAGCGCGAAACGCCUUGAUCAUGGUCGGCAAUGCAGACACUUUCAUGAAGAGUCGCAAAGGCAAGGAGGUAUGGGUACCGCUUAUGGACCAGCUGAAGCGAGAUGGUCACGUCUACGACGGCUUUCCCGUAAAAUGCGAGCAGCAUCCCGAAAAGACCGCGCUUCUAACUGAGAAAGAACAAUUCGAGACAGUAUGUCCAGACGGUGGCUGCUCUGAGCCAUGUGGCAAACUACUCAACUGCGGUGUGCAUGCUUGUCCCCAUCGAUGCCAUCAGUUGCAAGACCAUUCACGUAUGGAUUGCAAUGUCAUUAUCUCCUCAACAUGCCCUAGCAAGCAUAAGACGACUCGAAAAUGCCAUGACAAGGCGGCAGCGCACUGUCGGAAAUGUGAAGCCGAAGUGCGAGCCAGAGAGAAGAAGCGUCAACGCGACCACGAGCUAGACGAGCAACGAGACGCCAAACAACGCGCAUAUGCCGCUCGACUAGUCGAGAUUGAGGAAGAGAUGGAGCACCAGAAGCGCCUUCUGAAAGAGCAGGCCGAGGGGAGAGACCGCCAACAAGCGCUCGAGCAAAAGAAGCAGGAUCUUCGCAACCUACAGGAGAGGGUCAAGGGCUCAAGAAAAGUUCAGGUUCCAGUUCCAGCAUCUUCGACAUCUAAGACUACGCCGACACCAUCAGCCGACACUCAGGAACAACAAGGCGAGAAAGCAGCGCCAAGUACAACAACUGAUCACCGGGACGAUACCACGACCAAUGACGAGGCUACAUCGUCAGAUUCGGGUCAGGAUCAGCCUGGUUGGGAUGAAAGCGAAGCUAGAGAUGACUGGGAAUGGCAGAAGAGAUUCGAGGGUGCAGAAAACGAAGCUCUCGACUCUCUGGUACCCAUGAUAGGGCUCGAGUCCGUCAAGCAGCAGUUCCUCGCGAUCAAAGCCAAAGUUGAUACGGUUGUACGUCAGAACGUAUCGCUUAAGGGAGAGCGUUUCGGUGCUGCCCUGCUAGGCAAUCCUGGAACAGGAAAGACGACUGUGGCCAGGCACUACGCUAAGUUUCUAGUUGAGGUAGGAGCUUUGCCUGGUGGCCAUUUCAUUGAGAGCUCUGGAUCAGCUCUUGCAAACGAUGGUGUGUCCGCUUGCAAAACCCAUAUCGACGACAUCCUCCAAGCAGGAGGUGGUGUCUUCUUCAUCGAUGAAGCGUAUCAAUUGGUAUCUGGAAACAGUCCCGGCGGCAAAGCGGUGCUCGACUACCUGCUUGCUGAAAUGGAGAAUUUGACUGGCAAAGUCGUCUUUGUUCUCGCCGGCUACCACAAGCAGAUGGAAGCCUUCUUCUCCCACAAUCCUGGCAUCCCAAGCCGCAUACCAAUUCGAAUGGAGUUCCAUGACUACGAAGACCGCGAGCUACAACAGAUCUUCUGCCAAUACAUUGACAAGAAAUAUUCCGGGCGCAUGAAGAUUGAAGACGGCAUGAAAGGCCUUUACGUACGUAUUGUUGCGCGGCGCAUUGGUCGUGGUCGCGGCCGCGAUGGCUUCGGUAACGCCCGCGAAGUUCAGAACAAGAUCGCCCAGAUUACCGAGCGACAAGCCAAGCGUCUGCGUAAAGCAAGAAAGGCUGGCACGCUACCGGAUGACUACCUUCUUACCAAGGAGGAUCUGAUAGGUCCAGAGCCUUCGUCAGUGCUCAAGAAUAAUGCGGCUUGGUCAAAGCUGCAGAAGCUUACCGGCUUGGCCUCAGUGAAAGAGUCGGUACGCGUGCUUCUGGACGGGAUACAGACCAACUACCAGCUCGAACUGAGGGAGAAGCCCAUCAUACAGUAUUCGCUGAACCGUUGCUUCGUCGGUUCCCCAGGAACUGGAAAGACCACCGUAGCCAAACUCUACGGUCGCGUUCUGGCUGACAUUGGGCUUCUUUCCCUUGGCGAGGUCAUCGUAAAAAACCCAUCAGACUUCGUCGGGAACGUCAUAGGAGGCUCAGAAGCCAACACCAAAGCCAUCCUGGCUUCUAGCAUCGGUAAAGUUCUCAUCAUCGAUGAGGCUUACAUGCUAGCUAAAGCCAGCGGUCCAAACGGCGGUGACCCUUUCAAAGCCGCAGUCAUUGACACGAUCGUUGCCGAAGUUCAGAGCACCGCAGGCGAAGAUCGUUGCGUGUUGCUGCUAGGCUACAAGGAUCAGAUGGAGGACAUGUUUCGAGAUGUCAAUCCCGGCCUUGCAAGGCGGUUCCCACUGGAAUCUGCGUUUGUGUUCGAGGACUUCAAUGACGCUGAGAUUCGUCAGAUCUUUAACUUCAAGCUCAAAGGAAUUGGGUUUGACGCGAAAGACCAAGCCAAGAAGGUCGCCAUGGAGGUCAUUCAACGCGCGCGCAACCGCCCAAACUUCGGCAACGCAGGCGAGGUCGAUAUUCUCCUGGAUCGCGCGAAGGCGUUACAUCAGAAGCACAUAUCCUCAGGCAAAGUCAAGCAAUUUGGCACGUUCGAAGCCAUCGACUUUGAUCCUGAUUUCGACCGCGGUACUCGUGCGGCCACCGAAGUUUCGGCUCUAUUCCAAGAUGUCGUAGGAUGCGAGGAACUGAUCAAGCAGUUCCAGGGUUACCAAACCACGGCCGCCAACAUGAAGGCUCUUGGAAUGGACCCUCGAGAGCAGAUACCUUUCAACUUUCUCUUCAAGGGUCCGCCAGGUACCGGCAAGACUACUACGGCUGCAAAGAUGGGUAAGAUAUUCUACGACAUGGGCUUCCUCAGCCAGGCGAAGGUGGAGGAAUGUUCCGCUACCGACUUGAUCGGCCAGUACGUUGGGCAUACUGGGCCGAAGGUUCAGAAGCUCAUGGAGAAAGCCCUGGGCAAAGUUCUCUUCAUCGACGAAGCCUAUCGUCUUGCGGAAGGCCAUUUCGCGACCGAAGCAAUGGACGAGAUAGUCGACUGCCUCACCAAACCCAAGUAUGCGCAGAAGCUCGUCGUCAUUUUGGCUGGCUACGACAAGGACAUUGACCGACUGAUGAGCAUGAACCCUGGACUUACCAGUCGCUUUCCCGAGACAGUCAUGUUCAAGCACAUUGACCCAGAAACAUGUCUGAAGCUUCUUGUCAAAGUGCUCUCAGAUCUGCAGAAGAAGAAUAAAGCGCCACUCGAUCUCUCGAUUAUCGAUCCGCCGUCGUCGCAACUACAGCAACAGCUACUGGACCUCUUUGGCAGGUUAUCAGUCCUAGAGUCCUGGGGCAACGCUCGCGACGUCAAAUCGCUGGCUGAGAGCAUGUUUCAAGCACUCAUCUCUACGGCCGUGCCACCCAUCACUAGCCUUGUACUUACAGAACCCAUUGUUGUUCGUACUAUGGAAGACAUGAUAAACGAACGUUCACGGCGGCAUGCCGCGGCAGGCACGAGUCGGUCAGGAAAGGCAAUGCCUAACCGCCCCAUGCCACCACCACAGACGCAAAAUCCAUCGCCACCAAGUACACAAGGCUCAAACACCGCGACAAAUACCGCACCCCCACAAGCAACAGCCGUAGCCAACGAGGGAAAGCCAAAAGACAACAAGAAGCCAACGGAAAAGAAAGCUGAGCCCGCAACAGAGCCAGAAGAUCCUCUCGCUUUUAUCUUCAAAGCCAAGCGCGACGCAGGCGUUUCCGACGAAGUAUGGGAGCAGCUCGAGCGCGACAAGCACGCCAUGGUGGCCAAAGAACGUGAAUAUCGCGAACUCCAAGAACAAAAACGCCAAUAUGAGGAGCAGAUCAAAGAGUUCAUCCGUGCCGAGAAGGCAGCUGCCGAUGAGGAGGAGCGACGACUCCGUGAACAAGCGCGUAUCGCAGCGGAACUGGAGAGGCGACGCCGCGACGAGGAGAUGGCUGCUCCUGAGAAGGCGCGACAGAAGGAGAUGGAGAGGCAGAAGAAGUUGAAGAUUAUGGGGCUGUGUCCGAUGGGGUUUAUGUGGAUCAAGCAGAAUACCGGGUAUAGAUGUGCGGGUGGAAGUCAUACGCUGUCUGACGCCGACGUUGACGCGUUUUGUCGCUGAAGAGAGAGGAUGGGCUGCUUGUAGACGGCAAUAGGGAAAUUUGUUCGCACAUUUCAUGUCUUUCUUCGAUAACUGGAAGCAAUACGAAAAAAACUCGUUCCUCAUAAAUUAUUCCUACGCCCAUUCACCACGAUAUUACC